CCUGAUGUAAACACUGAAGCCGGGCGUCUGGGCCCGGGAGGUCAGAAAGCCGGGCCGCGGGCGGCACCGACAGCGGGACUGGGAUCGGGGACGCACAGAGGUCGGGGAAGCAAUCCUGGACCAUGACUCAACAGCCUCUUCGAGGAGUAACCAGCCUGCGUUUCAACCAAGACCAAAGCUGCUUUUGCUGCGCCAUGGAGACUGGUGUGCGCAUCUACAAUGUGGAGCCAUUGAUGGAGAAAGGGCAUCUGGACCACGAACAGGUGGGCAGCAUGGGCCUGGUGGAGAUGCUGCACCGCUCCAACCUGUUGGCCCUAGUAGGUGGUGGUAGCAGCCCCAAGUUCUCAGAGAUCUCAGCAGUGCUGAUCUGGGACGACGCCCGGGAGGGCAAGGACUCCAAGGAAAAGCUGGUGUUGGAGUUCACCUUCACCAAGCCAGUGCUGGCUGUGCGCAUGCGCCAUGACAAAAUCGUCAUCGUGCUGAGGAACCGCAUCUAUGUGUACUCCUUCCCUGACAAUCCCCGAAAGCUGUUUGAGUUUGAUACCCGGGACAACCCCAAAGGGCUCUGUGACCUCUGCCCCAGCCUGGAGAAGCAGUUGUUGGUGUUCCCAGGACACAAGUGCGGGAGUCUGCAACUUGUGGACCUGGCCAGCACAAAGCCUGGCACGUCAUCUGCUCCUUUUACCAUUAAUGCACAUCAGAGUGAUGUGGCCUGCGUGUCCCUGAACCAGCCAGGCACUGUAGUAGCCUCAGCCUCCCAGAAGGGCACCCUUAUUCGCCUUUUUGACACCCAGUCCAAGGAGAAACUGGUGGAGCUGCGUCGAGGCACUGACCCCGCCACCCUCUACUGCAUCAACUUCAGCCAUGAUUCCUCCUUCCUGUGUGCUUCCAGUGAUAAGGGCACCGUCCAUAUCUUUGCUCUCAAAGAUACCCGCCUCAACCGCCGCUCUGCGCUGGCUCGUGUGGGCAAAGUGGGGCCUAUGAUCGGGCAGUAUGUGGACUCUCAGUGGAGCCUGGCAAGCUUUACCGUGCCUGCUGAGUCAGCCUGCAUCUGUGCCUUCGGUCGCAAUACUUCUAAGAAUGUCAACUCUGUCAUUGCCAUCUGUGUAGAUGGGACCUUCCACAAAUACGUCUUCACUCCUGAUGGGAACUGCAACAGAGAGGCUUUCGAUGUGUACCUCGACAUCUGUGAUGAUGAUGACUUUUAAGGACCCUGGGGUUUGUGCUAGGAACCCGCAACUGCAAAUCACAAAGCCUUUGAGGGAGGGUUGGAGUCCUGUGGAAGCCGCCGGCCAGCAAGCGUUAAUGCAGCGGGUAUCCACCCUCCACUCAGCAAAGCAAUGUCUAAACAGCUCGUGUCCACCAAGAAAUUUUGAUGACCAUGUGUCCUCUAUUCCCGUGUGCCCACAGUGCCAGCCAGGAACCCAGGGAGGCAGCCAACCCCGGGGGCCCCCAGCCUGGAGAAGACUGUCCAGGGACCCAGAGGGAGAGCCCUAAUCCAACCUGUAGGGUUUUUAAAAACUUGUCAGAGAUCUCUGAUGUGACAAAAAUGAAUAAAAGACCCUAAAUAGUAUUUAUGGCUAAA